AUGGCAGCCAAUGGCAGCGUUGUCCCGACCGCAGAGGAAUUAUGGAGACACCCUUCGCCGCGGGAGACCAAGAUGUGGGAAUUCCUGCAAAAGGUGAAUUCGAAACACAACAAGAGUUUUGAGACUUACGAUGAUUUCUACCAAUGGAGUGUGGAACAGAUUGCAGAGUUCUGGGCCGAGGUAUGGCAGUUCUGUGGUAUUCGCACUUCCCAAGAUUAUGCGCAAGUAGUCUCGGACGAGAAGACAAUGUUCCCUAGGCCGACAUGGUUUCAAGGCGCGAAAUUGAACUUCGCCGAGAACUUGCUCUUCCCGACUGUGAAAGUCGACGAGAAUUCGCCUGCGGUCAUAGCGGUUACGGAGACGGAGCGCGAGACAGUGUCAUGGAAAGAGCUAAGGGAACAAGUUCGAGCGUGUCAGGGAGGCAUGCAAGCGGCGGGCGUGAAACCUGGUGAUCGAGUAGCUGGAUACGUUGCAAACCACACAAAUGCGCUCGUCGCCAUGCUUGCGGCCUCUUCAUUAGGUGCGAUUUGGACCGCCGUGAGCCCAGACACUGGAGUCACAGCCGUGCUCGACCGCAUGAUCCAGAUUGAGCCGGUCUUGCUUUUCAGCGACAAUGCGGUCGUGUAUAAUGGAAAGACUCAUCCGGUUCUGCCCAAAGUGAAGGAGAUUGUUGAGUCAUUGCCCAGCUUGAAGGCCGCGAUCAUAUUCGAAACAUCGAAACAGAUGACAACCGAAGUCGAAGGGUCGGAUGCUCUCGCCAACACUAGAUUCAUCACAUAUAGCAAGUUUACAGUUGCAUCAGCGCAAUCCGAGCAGCUCUUUUUUGAGCAACUCGAACCUGACCAUCCCGUCUACAUUCUCUACUCUUCCGGCACGACAGGCGCACCGAAAUGCAUUGUUCACGGCGCAAUCGGCACUCUAAUACAACACAAGAAAGAGCACAUCAUCCAAAGCGACAUCAGACCGGGAGAUCGACUUUUCUAUUUCACGACUUGUACAUGGAUGAUGUGGCAUUGGCUUGUUUCGGGUCUUGCGGCUGGUGCUACACUUAUUCUCUACGAUGGAUCUCCCUUUCAAUAUGUCGACAACGGAGUGUCGGUCAAAGAUGACUAUGCCAUGCCCAAGCUGAUUGACGAACUCGGCAUCACCCAGUUCGGUACCAGUGCAAAAUACUUAUCAGUGCUCGAGCAAAAGACUAUUAUGCCCAAGGAAGCCGGCUUGGUGCUGAAAACACUCAAAGCAAUUUACUCCACGGGUUCACCGCUAGCGCCAUCGACUUUCCAGUACGUCUACAGAGCAUUCGGACAAAUCAACCUUGGAUCGAUCACCGGAGGUACUGAUAUCAUCUCAUUGUUCGGAGCGCCUAGUCCGCUUCAUCCAGUCUACACCGGUGAAAUUCAGGUGCUUGGUCUUGGAAUGGCGUGUCAAGCUUGGGACUUCCAGGGCAAAGAUGUGAGCAAAUCCGGCGAACCAGCGGAUCUGGUAUGCGUGAAACCAUUUCCUUGCCAGCCAGUCAUGUUCUGGGGCAAAGAAGGGGCCAAGAAGUACAAGUCUUCGUACUUUGAGGAGUUCCCCGGCAUUUGGCAUCAUGGCGAUUUUGUCCGAUUCAAUCCACAGACCGGCGGUCUCGUCAUGCUUGGACGAUCUGAUGGCAUCCUGAAGCCCUCAGGCGUCCGAUUCGGAUCAGCAGAGAUCUACAACACGCUCCUCAAGCACUUCCCAGACCAAGUGGAGGAUGGUUUAUGCAUUGGUCGGAGGCGAGAGACGGACUCGGACGAGACUGUCGUUCUCUUCCUGAAGAUGAAAGAAGGUAUGCCUUUCAACGAGGACUUAGUACAAGCUAUCAAGACCACCGUGCGCAAGGAGCUGUCGGCUCGUCAUGUCCCUGGCAUCAUCGACGAGACUCCUGAGAUUCCCGUCACGACCAAUGGCAAGAAAAUCGAGGGCGCCGUCAAGCAGAUUCUUUGCGGCAUGAACGUCAAGACUUCUGCGAGUGUCGCGAAUGCGAGCAGCUUGGAAUUUUACCGGCAAUGGGCUGUAGACCAUGCAUGA